GCCGUGUCUGAGUCUAAUUAAAACCAUAUUGAGAAAAAAGUAAAUAAGACCCAAGUUCCUCCCUCGGUCUUCUGCUGCAAGAGAGCGAGGACUCAGUACGAGCAGUUCAAGGGAUCGGAGCUGAGCGAAGUUGAUAUAUAACUAGACUGUAUUAGAAAAUAACGAAACAAUGGCUGGUUUGAAGUACAUGAGCGGUUUUGGAAAUGAGUUUGCCUCUGAGGACCCUCGCUGUCCAGGAUCUCUACCUGAGGGACAGAACAAUCCACAAGUGUGUCCAUAUGGCUUAUAUGCUGAGCAACUCUCUGGUUCUGCCUUCACUUGCCCUCGGUCGACCAAUAAGAGAAGCUGGCUGUACCGCAUUUUACCCUCUGUGCGCCACAAGCCUUUCACUCCGAUGAGCGGUGGAGAUCUCACAGAGAACUGGAAUGAAGUGGAGCCCGACCCCAACCAGCUACGAUGGAAGCCGUUUAACAUCCCCAAGUCUUCUGAGAAAAAAGUGGAUUUCAUAUUGGGUCUACACACAGUCUGUGGAGCUGGAGAUUCAAAAUCUCGGAAUGGAAUCGCCAUACACAUGUACACCUGCAACACUUCAAUGAUUGACAAAUGUUUCCAAAAUGCAGAUGGUGAUUUCCUUAUUGUGCCCCAGCAAGGUGAAAUCCUGAUUACUACAGAAUUUGGGAAGAUGAUGGUGGAGCCCAAUGAGAUUUGUGUCAUUCAGCAAGGGAUGCGUUUUAGUGUUGAUGUGUUUGGAGAAACCAGGGGGUACAUUCUAGAAGUGUUUGGGGCCCACUUUGAGCUGCCUGACCUGGGUCCUAUAGGGGCUAAUGGACUGGCUAACCCUAGGGACUUCCAAACACCUGUGGCUUGGUACGAAGACCGUACUGUAUCCACAGGUUACACCGUUGUCAACAAGUACCAAGGAAAGCUCUUCUCAAGUCAACAGGACUUUUCGCCGUUUAAUGUGGUGGCAUGGCACGGAAACUACACACCGUACAAAUACAACCUGGAAAACUUCAUGGUCAUCAACUGUGUGGCGUUUGAUCACGCAGAUCCGUCGAUUUUCACCGUUUUAACAGCGAAAUCCACUCGUCCAGGUGUGGCCAUUGCAGAUUUUGUCAUCUUUCCUCCUCGCUGGGGUGUAGCUGAUCACACCUUUCGGCCUCCCUACUACCACAGGAACUGCAUGAGCGAGUUUAUGGGGUUAAUCAAAGGCCAUUAUGAAGCGAAGGAAGAAGGUUUCCAGCCUGGAGGAGCCAGUCUCCACAGCAUCAUGACUCCACACGGCCCUGAUGUCGACUGUUUUGAGAAGAACAGCACAGCUGUCCUCAAACCAGAGAGAGUUGCUGAAGGCACUAUGGCAUUCAUGUUUGAGUCAUCCUUCAGCAUGGCUGUGACCAAGUGGGGAUUGGACACCUGCCACCGUCUCGAUAAGAACUACUAUAAAUGCUGGGAGGCUUUAAAAACUCACUUCAAUCCAAACUGGAAGCCCAGCAGCAAGUAGAACAUGGUUACACCUCAACAGUCAUCAUAAUAUUUGUUUGACAGUGGAUCAGUGAUUCACAAUGGUUUUAUCAAUAGAUUUGAGGAUUUGAGAGUGAACCAGAGAUUGUUCUGUGAUAUCAAAAUAAAACAUGCUAUUGGAAUAUAACCAAUAAAACUAAACAGAUUGUUUCUGCAGGUUUUAUAAAAAUACAUUUAAGACAAAGUAAAGAAUAUAUAAGGAACACAGUACAUCAACAUGUAAAUGUCUAGGGAGAACACAAUGAGUUGUAUGAGCAACACUUUAAAGUUUCAAAAUACAACAUCCAAUAGGUCUCCAUUACUUUUUAAUUCACAAAAAAAGCAAACUUGUUAGCUCUGCACCCAACCAUUAAUACAUGGAAAUAACUUUUACUGUACAUGUGUUCUUAGUAUGUUUGUUUGUCUUGUUUUUCAGUGCAAAUGUCUAAAGAUUCUUAAAAAUGACAAGAUAAUAAGUCUUGUAUUCUGUAACCGAUCAAAAUGUUAAUGAUUAAAACAAGAAUAAAUAUAUGCAAAUAGUUUAAGAAAAUUUUGUUUUAUAUACCACACAAGCUCACAUAAUUUUAAUAAUUAUUUCAGAAAACAAGACUUCUUAUAUAUAUUUUGCAUCUUAAGUUGUAUCUCAUGGAUCUGGAUUUAAGGAUGUCAGAUAUUAUAUACAUCUAGACAAUACUGAGAAAGAUAUUCAAUUUGUAGCAAUGCAGGCAACAUUUAAUAUCAUGAUUUAUACAUCAUGGCACCUUUAUCCAUAACACUGCUCUGACCUUUUUAAA